AUGGCGGCGGCUGUGAAGAGCCGAGUUUCCCUCAGCCGCCCGGCGGCGGCGGCGGCUUCACGCGCAUCUUGCGUCCGUUUUUCCUCCUCGUCCCCCGGGGGUUCCCCUCGCGGCGGAGGGCCUGAGGCCGGGGGUGUAUCUCCGCCCCACGAAAGCCGGGUAAUGGGGGCUGUGGGGGUGAUUGGAGGCGAGGGAAAGUAUGGCGGGGGUUUCCCCUCAGAGACACCAGCAUGGCUGUCAACUUUUCCUUUUUUUAAAUUAUUUUUUAUUAUUCCGAAUAGGAUUCCUCGCAAGAAAAGGGAAAAGUCGACAGCUAUGCGACCAAAGUCGGUGGUGCGUCCUAAGCACAUUUACUCGGGAGUAAGCCCUGUUCAGCACAGCGAGCCUUACUUCCGAGGAAACUUUGGGUGAGGUUAUUGCUGCUUGUAUUUGUUUCAAACUCAGGCCUCGGCUUUCCAAACUAAUGCUUAUUUUUUCCGUAUCAUUUCUUCUUCUUUUAUUAUUAUUAUAUUUAUUCAUACCCACUGUUUCACCUGAAGGGGACUCAAACUGGCUAUUUAUAUCCCACUAUUCAAGGAGUUCUGAACCGAUGUGUCUUUUCUUACUCAUUACAGCCUAUAUUCUGCUUUUCCCACAGUGAGUUCAAGGCAGCCUGCUUGGUUCUCUUCUCUCUCCCCCCCCCCCCAUGGUAUCCUCACAACAGCCCAGUGAGGUAGGUGAGGCUGCAGGGGAAGUAACUGGCUCAAGCUCACCUGGUGAGCUUUGUGGCCGGAGCAGGAAUUUGAACCUGGAUCUUGCCCCUCCCCAUCCCGGUUUAAGACCAGCAAACCACUACACCAUACUGGUUCAUUUCCAUCCCCAUUUUGUCUUCAUAACAACUGUGAAGCAGGUCAGGCUGAGGGAUGGGCAUGUGGAAAGCUGCUUUGAACCAUUGGGUCACUGCAGUGGGCAUCACUUCAGGGUUUCAAGCAGGAGUCUAUCAUGGCCUUACCUGCAGUUGCUAGACAUUAAACGUGGGACUUUUUGCAUGCAGUGGGAGGAGUUCAAGACACCUGGAGGGUUUAAGGUUAGGAAAAGCUAGUGUAGUGGGUGACCCAAGAUUAUGAAGAUAAAAUGGGGAAGGAUUUCACAGACCCCACAAGGGUCAUCUAGUUCAACCCCCUGCCAUGCAGGAAUAUUUUUACCCCAUAUGGGGCUCAAAGCCACAACAAAUUCAAGAGUCUCAUGCUCUACAGGUACAUGUUUCCUUGAGCUACCUCUUCCAGUGUUUCUCAAACAUGGGUGCCCGGCUAUUGCUGGACUACAACUCCCAUCACCCCUGACCACUGGUUCUAGCUAGGGAUGAUGGGAGUUAUAGGUCAACAAGAGCUAGGAACUCAGGUUUGAGAAACUGCUAGAUGCUCCUUGAACCAUUUCCCCAGGCAACCCACUCUUCCGCUUUAUUAUUAACAUUCUGUCACCAUUUCCUUCAAAAUCAGUUAGCAUGUUUGUGAGCAUUCCAUGACAUCACAGCAGCAGUUUAGCCAAUGCCAUCAGUGGCUUCCAGAUGAUGGGUGAGAACUGCUUUUUGGUCUUACUUAUAUGAGACAAAAUAAGCACAAAUAACUGUUAGCUGAAUCCAGUGCUGCUUGUGCACUUAGUGUUUCCCAGUUUUAGUUUGUCACACUUCUAAAUACAGUAGUCCUUCAUUCAAAUGAAUCCCUGGGCAGUUCACAAACAAAUCAGUAAAAUACAGAUAAAAAUGCAUUCUAACAAUGAAACAUAAGGACAAAAAUUAGCAUCAAAUACAGAUACAAUUUAUCAAUAGACGUAAUAUUUCCCAAAUUCCAAAACCUUGGCCUGUCUAAUUGGCACCACUUAAAGUUUGGAAGAAUAAGUGCAUUUCAGUUUGGCACCAGAAGCCUGUCAGUUUACAGGUUGACUGCACCUGUAGGUGGGGAGGAUUCUGUAGUCAGGACACCACUACAGAGAUGGCUACAUCCCCAUGGACAGGACAGCCAGAAGGGCUUAUCUUAGGGCCUGGAUUAGCAAGACCCUGCCCCCAGCAUCCUCAACACAUUGCACCCUCCUCAUUUCCCUACUUUCCCUGUGUUGUACAGGGUAGGUCUGCAGAGGACUUCUGCUUGAAAUUGCUUGAACAUAAGUAGAACUUAAAUGUAUGUUGUGUUGUGUUCAAGCAAAUGUAUGUAAAAGAAACCAACAGACACACACACACACACACACACACACACACACACUCCCUGCACAGCUGGGAGCGAUGUGCUCUGGGUUGCUGUGGGCAGAGCAUCUGUGAGCUGCAGCAGCACUCCCCCCUCCCGUCUCUGCUUUUAAAAAUAAUUUAUAAAAGCAGGUGCCUGAAUGCUACUACUGUGAUUCUUUUAACAUAUUUGCAUGUGAUGGUAGUCUGAUUGGGAUGGGAACUAUCAACACAUAUGAGCUGUAUUCCAAAAUGAUAGCGAACUGGCAGGCUAUGCUGAUUUGAAUACUGUAGUUGCAUACUGUUACUUAACGUCUUUCCUUUUUUGUAGAAAUAUGGCAGAUUGUAGGUUUUAGUAGGUAGACACAGUGGAUAUUAUACAGUAUUCUUGCAUGAUGAUCCUAGCCAAGUUUACUUGGAAGUAAGGCCUAUUCAUUUAAAAUGGAUUUACUACCAAGUGAAAUACUGAAAACAUAGGCUUAAUUUCAGUUUAUGUUCUUCAGUUACGAUGCAUAUGCCGUUUAUUAGAAUCCUGUAUUGCGCAAAUGCAGAAAUUGGUGCUGGGUGCAAAUCAUCAUUGUGAGUACCUCUGCUUUAAUUUGUUAAUUUUAAACACAUUGUUAGUCCUUUUGGCUACAAAGAUAGGCUAGGAAAUACAGGGUUAUGGGCCACAUAAAUUAUCUCUGAUAUCAUAGUUAGAUUUUUCUCCCAAUGUGAACUGGAACAAAUGUGAUCUGGAGACCUGUUAAUGCUCACUUCUUAACUUUUAGUGUCUUGGGUACCUUAGGUUUUCAGAUAAAAUUGAAAAAGUUUGUGGUGCCUUUGUAUGGGGAGAAAAAUGUACUAUUAAAAAAAAACACCUCUUUUUUUAAGGCUGCAAGUUUUUGCCCUCCUUCACACUCUUGCCACGAUUGGAUUGGUCCUCCUGAUCGAUGUUCGAACCUCCGACCAGUAAUAUUUUAUAUAUCCAAACACGAAUCCCCACUGGAACGAAGGCUUAGAGAGCUUAGACAGGAAACUCAGAUUUGGAAUCAACAGUUCUGGGCAGACCAGAAUAUAUCAUUUAGAAAGGUAAGCAUGCAGAGGAAGUGUAAAACCACUUGGUGGUGCUGGGAGUCCUUAAAAGUUUGUAGGGAGAAUUGCUGAGAGGCAUCCAACAUAUUUUUUUGCUGUUGCCUUAUUGUAUGAGGCCUGAUCUUUGCACCCCGUAGUUAUUAAGAAUAAAAUAGAAUCAGAAGAAUAAUUUUUAAUACAUAAAUGCCCCAAAUAAUAUAUUUUAUGAUGUCACUCCGGUAAGAAUCACUGCCUGCAGGAACGAAUUCAGCCUCUCCUGUUACAGAUGGAAAGGACAGAGAACUGAAUGUACUGCUGUAUGACCUUUCCCAAGCGUGCAGGUCAAACCAAAUAGAUAACUAGGCCAGUAAGAAGUUACCCCAGUAAUUUUCCUGCAUUACAGAUUGCUUAUUUGUAAAAUAAUCCAUAAAUUGUUUGCUGAAGAUCAUCUAGUCAGCCAGUUAAUAUAUUUGAUGGAGUGGGAUCAGGGAUCAUUAAAAGUCCUACACUUGGUAGCAGUUAUUGCUGAGGUGAAAUAAGCAAACUAAGAUGCCAAAAACCUUAUAUUCUAAAAUUUCCUGAUACUGUUUCAGGAAAAAGAAGAAUUUGUCUGUUCCAAAUUGAAAUCCAAAGGUCUACAACUGAGAGAUGAAAAAGGUUAGAUUGUUGUUUCUACAUUUCACAGCACUUUCUUAUGGGGAGGAUUCUGAUUUACAUUUUAGAAAAUGUUCUAAUCUAGCAUAAAUAAUAAUUAUUUCUUAAGCAAACUUUGUCUUUCUGUAUAAGGGUGUUACUCCUUGGCACUUAAUUUACAAAACAGAGAGAGAACUCAGAGAAGAGUGUAGUGAGAAUCUUAUAGUUUAUGGCAGAAGCCUAGAGAGGUUACACCUGAAUUCCAGGUUAUGCUAUGAAUCUGCAGCUUUUCAGUUUCUAAGAAGGAAAAAAAAAUACUGCCUUUAGUACUGCACUCUCAAAAAUCCCAUGAAGAAAGUCACUAUUAUUCAUUGAUUACAUAUAGGAAAGUAAGCUAAGAGUUUGUGAUUUAUGGAAGACAAACGAAGAAGUCCAUAGCAAAACUUAAGACUACAGUCUGAGUGUUUGAAAAGUCAAGUUCAGUUUUUGCAAGGGAUUUAUGUUUAAAUGUUUGUACUGGUAUGAUGAUUAAAACAUUCUGACUUAGGUGUUGUGAUUUUUUUCUUUCAGGCCAGAAAAUAACAUUGUCUGCAGAAGAAAUGGCUGAAUUUUACAAAGCCUUUUUAAGUAAAAACUUUAAAAAACAUUUCUAUUAUAACAGGUGAGAAUAUGAUUCCUGGAACAAUUGUGUCUCUUUAUCUAAAAAAAACCACUUUUUGCUAAAAAAAACACUUUUUUUAGCAAAACCUUUUCUGAACCACACAGAUCUUGUUUCUUUGCUGCCACCUGAUUCCCCAUUUUGCUAUUCCAUUAAGAGUCAGAAUCUUUGCUUUACCAUAAUUAAUUAUUUAUGCUUUUCCUACUGUUAUGCUAGGCAUCAUACAGCAAUUUAUAGUGCAUAAUCCUCUGUACAAAUUCACAAUUUAAUAAAACAAAUAUGCUUACAAAGAAAGGAAUCUGGGAAGGAGGGGAAUAACACUGAAUGUUAAUCAGGUAACCAAGCAACUUUCUAAGGCAUAUCAACACAAUAUUAGUCUGCAGACUUGUACUCACUUCCCUGGGAGCAAGUACCAUUGAACUUAAUGGUACUUACUACUGAGUAGAUGUGCAUAGAUUCACUUCAUUAUAAAUGUUUAUUCCAUCAUUAAAAAGAUAUUCAUCUUUUCCUGGUGUUUACUUAGGUCGAUGGUUUUGAUAUGCUGGGUCAAGUCUUUGCUAAAUAUUUUUUGGUUUAGUUUUUACACAUAAGUGUACAAUAAUCCUUUAAACAGAAAUAACUGGGAUGUCCCUUAAGCUAAUUCUUUCCUCACUGCAUUGGUAUCACAUUAUUAUAGCUUAUGUAACUACAGAUAUAAUUAGUCAUCAAGUUUCUUUAAAAGCCUAUCUGCAAUAUGUAGAUACUUGCCUGGAGCCAUGCAUUCAUUAUCACACAUGGAUUAUGAAGUAGGGCAUCUGAAUAAGCACUUUAAAAACUUAAAGUAAUUUUGCUUUAAUUGGCAAGGAAAGAAAAAGCACCGAUUAAGUCAACUCAAAAUCUUACAUCUUUUACUGUCAGUAAUAAUUUCAAGAUGGCUAAUUGUGUUUUAUGUUGCUUUGUUUCCUUGGUUCUGAAAUUUAGAGAUUGGUAUAAACGAAAUUUUACCAUCACAUUUCUCAUGGGACAAGUGGCAUUUGAGAAAGCUUGCAAGAGAUUUGGAUUGAAAAAGAGUGAAGCUGAAAGCUAG